AUGUCAGCCACAGGUCUCCCCGAGCUGCCAGCUCCUCACUCAGAGCUAGCCAGAUAUAUCUCCGAACACCCCGACGAGCCCAUUGUUGAGAUUCUGAAGCCUUAUCGCGAAUAUGAGGCUCAGCUGCGCACUGUCUACGCUCAAGAUCGUCAGAACCCGAUCCUAGAAGACCCUCAACUCAAUGUCCUUCCUCUGUUUACCGAGGACACAAAACUCAUCACUACUCGUGCUCGAGACUUGGCUAAAGAGUCCGAGGAUGAGAAAUCAAAGUAUAUCAUGCCCUUGCCAGAUAACAAGCGUCGCCCACAUGGCUCUCCUGCUACCGUCGCCAGUCACUCCGAGUUUCAGAAGAACUUUAAUCUCUUCUCGGAGUCUUCGCUGGCUGAUCUCAACUGGGACAAUGUCGUGGCUGCCGGCUCAUCCGUGGUCAACUGUCUGUUGCCCGUGCCGAAGGAGUUCAAUACCACGAAGCGCAAGCUUCGUGAGUAUUAUCAUGAGAAAUUCUGCCCUGCCUCAGAUGUAGAUCUGUUCCUUUACGGCUUGACUCAUGAGCAGGCCAUAGAGAAGAUCAAGGAGAUUGAGCAGGCUAUUCGAGACGCAAUUCUCCACGAGGUUACGGUGGUGAGAACCAAGUAUGCCAUCACUAUUGCCAGUCGCUAUCCAGUGCGACAUGUACAGAUUGUUCUGAGAGUGUACAAGUCUAUCAGUGAAAUUCUAACAGGUUUCGACAUUGACGCUGCCGGAGGUGCCUAUAACGGGAAGCAGGUCUAUGUCACUCCACGGGCAUUGGGUAGUUUCAUCACCCAGAUCAACCACGUUGACCUCUCAAGACGCAGCCCGUCCUAUGAGAGCCGACUCUCAAAGUACUCGCAUCGCAAUUUCGAGGUGUACUGGCCAGAGCUGGACCGGUCGCGAAUCGACCCCACGAUCUUCGAAAGAAGCUUCAGCCGAACCUUGGGUCUUGCUCGCCUCCUCAUUCUCGAAAGGCUCCCAACUACCUCCGCCCGUGAGGCGUACCUCAACAAGAGGCGCGAGGAGCGUGGGAGACCUACAGUGUACCGGAGCUACUACAAUCUCGGUGGCAACAUCAAGGACCACCAUGAGGACGAGAUUGCAGACUGGCUGUCCGAGGAGGUCGUGAGCAACUACCACACCUUCACAGUGCCAUAUGGCCAGAAAUUUCAAGCCAAGAGCAUCGAAAAGCUCUGCUAUACCCGUGAUCUUCUGCUCAAUGCCGAAUGGAACCAGUCGGAAGACCGAAAGGUCUAUCUUCAUCGCCACCCAGCCUUUUUCGGACGUGUUCAAGACGUCAUUGAAGACUGCUGCGGGACCUGUCCCCAGGCAAAGACUCAAGAUGAGAUCGAAGUCGCUGAGAAGGAGGCUGAGAUCUACAUCUCUGGAAAGGUCUCCUUCCUCAUUGAUGACCCUGGAAGGCAGCAGAUCGGCUCGUUCAAUCCCUUGACCGAACAGGAUUGGACUGACAUGGCAUACGUGGGCAACACUGCACGGCUCUGCCAGUCGAUUGUAGAUGGUGAUGUGGACGAUGUCCUCAACUGGCUUUCCCAGCCAGAGGCCGAUGUGAACAAGCGGGAUUACACUGGCCGAUCUGCUCUUCAUUUGGCCGUCAUGGCCUCCACGCCUGAUGUCGUUCGCUGCCUGGUCGACCAUGGCGCACGAUUAACGGCUCGUCUUGCUGAUGGUCGAACAGCUCUGCACCUCGCUGCCUCCAGGGGCCACACUGAAAUCAUCAAAAUAUUGAUGGAGAAGAGCAUUGAGAAUGAGGAAGUCGAAGAGGAGCGCCGCGACAGAAAGCGUUUAGCAGCAAAGGGCAACGCCGAUGAGAAAUCGGGUGCAGAGAAGACUGAAGAGGCUAAGGACGAGAAAGACGAUGAGGAGGAGGAAGAGGAAGCUGAUGAGGACUCAGACGGGGAGCUCAUUGAAAACGAGCAAACCAACACCGACGCACACUCGAUCGUGACAGGUUCGUUUGUCAACAUCAAGGAUGGCAAGGACGCCACCGAUUUGGAUGAUCUUGAUGUCCCAGAUGACGAGCCAGACUAUUACCAGAUCGACGUUCUCGCGUGGGAUGUGCGAUGCUCUCCCCUUCACCUCGCCAUCGCCGGCGGUCAUGAGGAAGCCGUACGUUUCCUUUGCGACUAUGGAGCCGAUUCGAUUCUCCCCGUCAAGUUCUUGUCCAGCAACGACACUGACACAGGCGCAAUUCUCACCCUCACCCUGGCAUUGACACUGCCUCUCGAGCAAGCAAAGUCAAUGGCCAAGUUGCUGCUGAGCCUCGGAGCAGUGUCGUCACAGGCUGAGACGAAUGGAACCACUGCUUUCCACCGAUUUGUCCAGUGCGGUAGGAGCGAAUUGGUCGAUUCUCUCCUCGAGAAUGAUCAGAUGGGUGUGAAGACGGCCAUCAACCAUCUCGUUUUCGCGGGAUACUACUGGGAUGCCAGCGCGAUUUCUCCCCUGCACACCGCCAUCGAGCAAGGAGACUCAAUCUUGAUCCUGAAGAUGCUCAACGCCGGCGCAGAAUCGAACAUUGACUAUGAGUCAUGGCUCAAGGCAGCCAAGGUAUCGCCAACACAGUCGAACAGACUCAGCAACCUGGAGCAGAACAAGCAGAUGUACAACCGGAUGGCCCAACCUAUCAUCACUGCUGUGCAGAACGCCAAUCCCGAGGUGGCGAUUGAGCUCCUUGAGGCCGGGGCUGAUUUCAAUGCUCUAACGCCUGCAACCUAUAAUCUCAUGCAGCACCAGUAUUACCGCAACAAUAACAAGGGCGCUGCAGUCUUGGACGUGGUGCGCAGAUCUCUGAAGACACUGCAGAAGGAACGCACCAAGACUGGCAUUGAGAAGCCCAAGUUGCAGCCCGGAGUCGAUACUUAUCUUGAUGGUCUCAAGCCUGGAACAUACCAGCACCAUGCCGUAUCCAAGCACAUCCAGAAUCUAAAGGAAAACCAUGAAAAGCAAAUAGAGAAUUACGAAGCUCAGCUAGAGAAAAUAAACGCAGCAGAGGGAAGAGAUGAGAAGGAACAGUUUCUCGACGAAAUGAUUGCUGGAUACAUGAAGCUGGAGGAAGCUCUUAUUGCAAAGGGAGCAAAGACGUUUGAACAGCUACAUCCCGACAUCAAGACCGGCAUAACGCUCAACUCUUCGGCGGUUUCCAACCAGGAGCCAACUAAGCCCUACACAUACACCUUCAACUUCCGAGAUAAUGACGGUAUCACAGAGGUGCGCAAGGAAGGCUAUCUCAGGCUUUUGGAAGCGGCCUGGAGUGGCGACAUCGAGACAAUCAAGUCUUUGACCUUGCAAGCAUGGGGAGAAGACCAAGAACAGCCUCCGUUGAAAAUCGCUAUUUCCGACGACAACAAUAAUAGUCCAUUCGGCUUGGCCUUUUUCAGGGGCCACUAUGAGGUUGCCGAAGCCAUCCUCGAGAUUGUCAAGGCUCAAUGGUCGGCCCCUGAGAAGGACAAGGUGCGGUACAAGCUGAACACGGAAAAUGAGGAUGAAGAGAGCUACGAGGAUUCAUGUGCGGAAUCUGAUUCCGAAAAUGAAGAUCCCCAGAUCGUGAGCGAGAAGAUCAACCAGAAGUUCACCAUCGAUGACAUCGGCCAUGUGUCCAUGAAGGUGAACUCUAAUGUCAGACCUCUGACAGUUCUGCUUCAGUGGGUCGGCGUAAGCGGGAGCACACCUCUUCAGCAAUGCUUUGAGAAGGAUAACAUGUCUGGCCUCAAGCUUCUCCUUGAUUGGGCCCAGCGUUGGGCGGCUCACAAGUUCGAGGACUUGGACACCAAUACAGAUGAGCCUUCCGGUGCUUUCGUCUUCCCUCAGAGCGAACUCCAAUGGGCUAUUGAGCACGGGAAGACAGAAAUGCUCGGUCUCGUCAUCAAACGCACGGGUGCAGGAAUUCCGCUCGACCACCUCGUGAAGAAGAGUGGUGUAGAACUACAGGAGAAGCCAAGGUUCUACCAGGGUUUGACUGUCUACGGAAAGAAGAGAAAGGAUUGGGCCACGGCUGGUAGAAACAGUGUCGUCAGAACGAGUGGCAUGAAAACACCGCCUCUUCUUCAUGCAGCCCUCGGCGGCAGUAUCGAGAGCGUCGAAUUCUUCCUCAGCGACGCCCCUCACCGACUGUAUGCUGAAUUUGGGAAAUCCAAAGCUGCAAAGAGCGACUCCCGCCUCACCCACCUCAAAGAGAGCCCCGGCGGGUUUGACAGGGCCAUCUCGAAAUGGCUCGGAGCUGACGACCCUCCAGAGGACCUCGUCAUUCACUGCGCCGUGUUGGCCGAGCCUGGUGAGCCUGCCAACGAGCUUCUUGAAUAUCUUAUCCAAACCUGCCCAGGUGCCGUGGAGAAGAAGUCAACCAACGGCGACACUCCUCUGAUGGUCGUCUGCCGUCUCGGACGCAUCGACUUUGCCAGGAUCCUGAUCCAAGGCAACGCCGACCAGUCCGUCCGCAACUCCAAGGGCGAGAAUAUCAUCCACAUGGCACUGGCGCAGAACACCACUCCGUCCAAGCUCCAAGCUCUCCUGGACCUCUUCGACCCGGAUCUGCGAGCACACCUCUUCCAGCAGCGCAAGAACCUGUCAGAGGCCGGCACGGCCCCUCUGCAGGCAUGGGUCUCCAGGAUCGUGGGCGCCGACGUCCAGACCAACAACCACCGCCGCAACUACUACUACUACAACAACUACUCCGAGGUGGUCGAGCUGCGGCCCAAGGAGGUCCUCGAGACCCUCCAGCUCCUGCUCAGGUACUCCAACGGCCAGGGGCUGGACAUGCUCAACGGAGCGGGUGACACCUGCCUCCACAACGCCGUGAUGAAGCACCACGUCUCCAUCUCCAAGGCCCUCAUCGACUUCCAGCCGAGCCUCCUCUACCGCGAGAACGCCGUCGGCCGCACCCCCGCCGAGGCCGCCUACGACACCCUCACCUCCUCCCAGUUCUCCAAGCCGGGCGACAUCCGCAUGCAGAACACCGACUUCAGCGAGAAGAUCCGCAGGGAGAAGAAGAAGCUCGAGUGGUCGACCCAGUACGGCGACAGGCUCGCCGACCAGGACUCCCUCAAGGCCCAGCUGAAGGAGCUCGGCCUCAGCGGCGACUACAAGCCCGAGCUCCUCCCCGAGCUCCUCGCGGCGGCGGGCGCCGUCGAAGACUGCCAGAUCAAGCGCCUCGAGAGGGACGUCGCCCAGCUCGUCAUCUGGGACAUCUGCAGCACGGCCAUGGCAAAGAACCCCAGCGGCCGCCGCCUCGUCUCCCUCAACGAGGCCAACGACGUGGCCAGGCGGCUGGGCGAGCAGGAGGUCCAGUCGCGGUACUUUAGCGUCAACGCCCGCAACGACGAGGAGGACGAUGAGGCGGAGGAGGGGGCGGACGGUCCGGAUCGCAAGACUCAGGAGGAUUUCGCGGCUUCGCAGCUGACGUCCAAGCUCACUCGGGCCUGGAUGUCGUCUGAGGAGAUGAAGAAGAGGGAGAAAUGUCAGAACUGCAAUAGCGUUCAUGCCGUUUAA